AUGGCGCCGCCGCGGUCCAAGCCGACCAUCAUCAUCGCCUGUGUCCUCCUCUCCUUCCUCGCCGCCACAGCGUUCGCCGCACCCGCGGCGGCGGCGGCGCCUGACGAGGCGACGUGCGCGCCAUCGCUGCAGCGGCUGCUGUCGUGCCUGGACUUCAUUGAGCACCGGUCGGACGAGAUCCCGACGCCGUGCUGCAUCCAGGUGAAGCGCACGGUGGCGGAGCAGCCGUGCUGCCUCAUGCACGUCGUGCGCGGCAACGCCGCCAGGCUCAUCGGCCCCGAGUACGACAACACCCGCGCCGUGGUCAACGUCACCGCCAAGUGCCUCGGCGACGCCUCCGUCCUCAUGUCCAUCACCCGCAACUGCUCAGGCAAGCCGCUCCCGCCGCUGACGCCUGAGUUUACGUUUACUACUGCCGCGGUGCCGCCGCCAUCGUCGUCGUCAGGUGAGCAACAGAUUGAUCUGGGGUGA